AUGAAGCACACAAAUGAAAGUUUUCCAGAGUAUUUCAUUCUCAUGGGCUUAACCAAACACCCGUGGCUGCGUCUCCCUCUCUUCUUCGUCCUCCUGACCUCCUACCUGCUCACACUAUCAGGAAACACUGCUAUUAUUCUGGUCUCCCAGCUGGAUUCCCAACUCCAAACUCCCAUGUACUUCUUCCUCACCAGCCUUUCCUUUCUGGAUCUCUGCUUUACCACCACAACUGUGCCUCAAAUGCUGUUCAAUUUAGGGGGGCCCAGCAAGGGCAUCACACGCCCGGGCUGCAUGGUGCAGGCCUACGUGUUCCACUGGCUGGGCUGCUCUGAGUGCGUCCUGCUGGGAGUCAUGGCCUUGGACCGCUACGUGGCUCUGUGCCGGCCCCUGCGGUACUCCGUAAUCAUGGGCCGCCAGCUCUGCCUGCAGCUCUCUGGCACAGCCUGGCUGCUUGGUCUGGCCAACUCCCUGCUGCAGGCCACACUGACUUUCCGACUGCCGCUGUGCGGGAACCAGGUGCUAGACCAUUUCUUCUGCGAGCUUCCUGGUCUCAUUAGGAUGGCUUGCGGAGACACCACAGUCAAUGUGAUUAUCUUAGCAGUGGCGGCCACCUUCCUGAUAAUGGGUCCCCUCUCCAUGAUUCUUGUCUCCUAUGGUUACAUUGCCAGAGCUGUGUUCCGAAUCCCUUCUGCGGCCGGGAGACUCAAGGCCUUCCACACGUGCUCCUCACACCUCCUGGUGGUGUCCUUAUUCUAUGGGCCUGGAAUCUACAUCUACAUGCAGCCCCCAGCAGACGACUCUCAGGACCUUACCAAGGUCUUGACGCUAUUUUACUGUGUUAUCACUCCUAUGGCCAACCCAUUCAUCUAUACCCUGAGAAACAAAGAGGUCACAGGAGCUCUGAGGAGGCUUCUGAGGAAGACCACGUCAUCUACACAAAUGAAGCUAUGGAAGAACGCUGGCUGGGAGACUGUCGCAGGUCGAGGCAAUGAAGGUGAUGACACGGACAUCGUGAGGUUCGGAGUGGCGAACAAGGUCCGCAGAAAAGGGGAUGGGCAGGCCUCAGGGUCCCGAGACAGGCGGCGACUCCUGGACGAGGCAGGAUUCAUCUGGGCAGGAGGCGCUUUGCAGCUGAAAGUGCAGGAGGACUCGGACCUGGCUUCCCCAUUUCCCACCACAGGCUUUCGGCUUUGA